AUGGGGAAAGCUGCAUCAAAAUUAUCAAAAGAUGAAUUAACAUCAUUGAAAAAAUCAACAUAUUUUGAUAGACGUGAAUUACAACAAUGGUAUAAAGGUUUCUUAAGAGAUUGUCCAUCAGGUCAAUUGACAAAAACUGAAUUUAUUAAAAUUUAUAAACAAUUUUUCCCCUUUGGUGAUCCAACUGAAUUUAGUAAUUAUGUUUUCAAUGUUUUCGAUAAUGAUAAAAAUGGUACUAUUGAUUUUAAAGAAUUUAUAUGUGCUCUAAGUAUUACAAGUCGAGGUUCAUUAGAAGAAAAAUUAGUUUGGGCUUUCCAAUUAUAUGAUUUAAAUAAUGAUGGGAAAAUUAGUUAUGAUGAAAUGUUGGCAAUUGUUAGUUCUAUUUAUAAAAUGAUUGGUUCAAUGGUUAAAUUAAAUGAAGAUGAAGCAACUCCUGAAUUAAGAGUUCAAAAAAUCUUUAAUUUAAUGGAUAAAGAUCAAAAUGGUGAAAUUAGUUUAGAUGAAUUUAGAGAAGGUUCUAAGAUUGAUCCAAGUAUUGUUAGUGCACUGAAUUUAUAUGAUGGAUUAGUUUGA